GAAAGUACUCGUACUACACUCUGCAUAGAGGAGUUGGUACGAUGUCGGCAGAAACUUGAGAAGGGUUGGCAGUGACUGGCAUGUACCCCUGAAACCCCACGGUGAGCUGAGUCUGGACUAGGCGCGGAAGACACCGAUGGCAUGUCAUGGGCGAGUAUGCAUAGUUCCAGGGCUGGGCUGACCCCCGGUUCGCCCCGGUAUCGGCUAUUCGGCCUCGACUCUCUCGAGUCUUGGCUCUGAAGUCUCUGCUCCUGUAGCCUCUGGUACCUUCGCCACCUGCUAGAGUUCGAGUUUUUCAUACUACCCCUAUCCCUAUAUUCAUCAAUUCUUUAUACUCCCGUUCAUUCUUCAUAGAUCUGAUGUGGGCACAUCCUUGUUGCAUACUCCCCCGAUAGACUUAACCAUGUAGUUAUACUUAGGACGAUGGCCCACCCGCCUUCUCCGCGGAGGUCCUAAGACUGUUAUUUGGUUUUUUCCUCCCUCUCUUUCUCCACGGCCAGAUCGGCCCGUACGACACGAGGGGGACUUUGCGACUUGGCCACCAACCAUUCUGCCUUGAGUGGACCCGUGCCGUCACCGAGAGGAGAGGGCGGCCAUUCAUGUAGGUGGAGUCACCAACAGGGCAAAAGGGAGAAAUGAGAAGAAAAAAGAAAAAAAAAAAAAAAGUCAAAAGAGCGAAGGCAAAGAACUUGAGCAGAGUCUAAGAGAAAAAAUUCUCAUUUGGAGUGGUUUCCCUCGUCUGACCCCCAAGAACCCACCGAAAACCCGCCCAACCCGCUGAAGUCGCAAAGAGGAGCCAAGGGCAACAAUAGGAUUAUUCGUUUAGUCAAUCGCUUUACCUCACAUUAAUCCUUCUUCCCUUCCACCCCCCGCCUUCCUUCCCACCCCGUUUACGUUUUAUCUCAAAUUCUCUGACUCUUCCUUUCUCAUAAUCACCAAUUUCUUUUAUGUCACUCUCUCGCCUCCCUUCCGCUCGCACGUCCCUUCUAACCGCUUAGCCGCGCGUCUCCUGCGUCUGUCUGCUCGUCUCUGAGUUUUCCCUCUUUUUUUCGCGGUCCUACAGCCCCGUGGGCUCGGCGGGGAAAACCAGGCAGGCCGGCAAACGUAUCCUGUAUAGCAAACCCCGUGUAAAGGACUGACCUCCCCCACCCGGGUGUGUUCACUGGUCGUGUCUUCUGUUCAAUCAACCCUCGUGGGAGAGAGUGUGAGAGAGACAGGGUUGGUGGAAGAGUCUUGGGGGAGGUUCGAUAGGUUAAAAACCACCUAUCUCUGAUAACGACAGCGCGCGCCUGUUGGGCUCCAAUGGUCUCUAUGGUCGAGACCGCCUCCCAUCCCGGCCACAAUGACACCGUCAUGGACUCGGUCGUUCCCAAGUCAGAGCCUUUGCCUGAUGGUUCCAUCAGCUCGACGGUGUCGACACCAGAUGCUGAGGCUGAGCCCUUAACGCAAGAUACCACCCAGACUCAAAAGCGAAAAGGUGGUCGCAAACCUAUCUAUGCUACCUCGGAGGAACGGAAGCAACGCAACCGACAAGCUCAGGCUGCCUUCCGAGAACGUCGUACGGAGUACAUUCGUCAGCUGGAGACUACCAUCAAGCGCAAUGAGGAGUCUCUGCAGAGUCUACAGCAGAGCCAUCGCAGCGCGGCAGACGAGUGUUUGAUGCUGCGAUAUAAGAACUCGUUGCUAGAGCGAAUCUUACUCGAGAAAGGCAUUGAUGUCCAAGCUGAGCUACGGCUGAAGACCGGGGCUCCCGGGUCAUCGGCCAGACCCAAUCCCGUACCAGCCAAGUCGGGUCCUAUCCCUCGUCCUACACAGAGACAUCCGGCGGGUAUCGCCUCCAAGCCGGAUGCGUUUGCUAUCUCUCAGCGCGAGGGUGCCUACGCUAUACCAUCGCCGCAGUUCCAGGCCACCCCAACCUCUCAUGUAUCAUCCCCAUCACACGCCAAGUCACCGGGCUAUGGCUUCCAGGCUGGGGUGUCGCCCGUCGAAGUCAAUGCCCAAGGAGGUGGCCGUCCCCAAUUGCUGCCCCAGCCACGGACCUUCACAAGCCAAACCUCACCGGGCGCGAUCAGCAUGCCUCAAACCGAUCCCACCGAAAAGUCUCGUGGGCCUCGCGGUGCGCGAGUGGCGGCUGCCUACUACCCAUCUCCAUUCCAGAAACAUUACGACCAACUCGAGUACGACGCACAAGCCGAUCUCGUUGAUGACGACCAUGACGGUUCCGUCAAUGCCUCGUACGUCCCGGGCUUCACUCCACAGUCGGUGGCCUCGGGCUCUCACAACAUGACGGGUUACAAUCCAUCUCAAGAGGGAGCGCCCGGAGACUACGGCAAUGCCAACCAGCUCAUGGCUCAAUACGAGCCCAUGUUGGACGCAGAUCCAUUCGGGCUGAGUGCCAGCAUGCACUUCCCGACACCGUUCAACUACGACCAGAACAAUCCUCGUUCUUGACAGAGAAUACAAAACGAAGAAUAAAAAAGUAAUUCUCACUUGUCAGCCACCCUUUUUGAGUCAUCUCGUCCGAAGUUCUUGAAUUCGUCUUUUACUGGGGGAAAAAAAAGUCCUUUUUGAGCAUUGCCCGGCGUUGUUGGAAUGAUUCGAUACCAGGGAAAUACAACGGCACCAUUCCGAUAUUUUGAUCUGGAUGAAUUGACUGAAUUGCAAAUGCAAUACAUGUUCUAAACCCGUUGAAGGGGGGAGGGUCAGUCCGUAUAUAGUUCAUGGGGUUCAUACUUGACCUUCCGCGGGGUCGAUGACGACAGUAAACAUAUUUUACGACUCGUCCGGUAGAAUAUCAAAAACUACCUACCUACACAGGAAUGAGCUCCGUAAAACCGCACUCAAGCAAGCGUAAU